AUGUCCCACAAAAAGUCGCCGUCGAUGCCGGCUGAUGUGGAGAACCUGCGCAGGAGAUCCGCGGCGGACUCAGAGAUCUCGAUGGAGCCUGAACAUCAUCACCGGUUCCCACGGCGCAGGUGCCCGACUGAUUUGCUCUGCGUUGGCCCCCACCACCCGGAGCUCGGCGCGGCGGAGACGCCCUCGCCGGAUGCUUCGGCGCACCAAUUCUACCACUACACACCGAAAUGUUUCCUCACCGUCCACGGAGGAGGACUCGGCGCCUCCCAAUCGACUACCUCUUACUACGGAGAGGACGCUUGGCACGAAGGCACCACGAAGACGACAAUCAGGGCCGAGAAUGAGGUGGAGGCGCACAGGGAGGCCAACAACUACAAGUUUGGCUUCAGGAAGUGGAAGGGCCACGUAACGGAGAAGCCCAUUGAAGACCAAUCAGACAUCAUCAAAGAGCUCCACUCUGAUCUGAGCUAUGUUAAACCUCAAGAAGGCUCAGUGGCAACCUUUGGGAACAUAGUUUAUGUCAUUAUAUUUGGAUGGUGGAUAUCUUUAAUCUACUUCCUCAUUUGUCCUGUAAUGUUUCUAACGAUUGUCGGUGCCCCUUAUGGCAAACUUUGUUUCAAGAUGGCGUGUUACUUUAUUUGGCCAUUUGGGAAGUUGAUAGAGAAGGCGUGUGAUGUCGUGAAUAGACCUGUUGCAAAGCCUCCAAAGUUUGAGGUCAUUCCUGAAGACAGUGAAAACAGUCGUGAAAAGGACUCUGCGCCUCUUCUGAUGUCUUCCCCGCUCCCUGCUGUUCUGAUCCCGGUCCCAGAAACACCAGCUCGAAAAACCUCUCUGCAGUGUCGCGUCAGCACUUAUGUCUGGCUGCUGCUGGGCUUCCCUGUCCUGGCCGUGGUGCACUCCCUGGCCUGUGUGCUCUCCUGGCUGCCGGUCUUCUCCAUACCUGUAGCCAAGAUGAACGCACGCACACUGAGCAUCAUCCUCCUCAUGGAGCCGGAGGACAUUCAGAUUCACAGACUGGAAAAGACAUUUGGGUGUGAGACCAGAGUCAUCUUGUGCUGUUCUCAUGCUUUCAAUGCGUAUUAUUACAAAUACACCGUCCAGGGAAUCCACAUUUUCGCUCUCAACCUGCUUCCACUGGUAUUUAGCACUCUCAUUUUUGGCUACACUGACCGUGACCACAACCUCUGCACCGCAGAGACCAAGUUUGCCAUGGCCAUCACUUCCAUCAUCCCUCUAUCCUACUAUAUUGGCAUGGGGAUAGCCAGCAUUUCUGCACAGAGUAACUUCGCAGUGGGAGCAGUGGUCAACGCGACCUUUGGUUCCAUCUCCGAGAUGACCUUCUACAUCACGGCGCUGCUGCACGGACACCGCGCCGGCACCAAAUGUUACGAGGAGAUCGUGAAAGCGGCGCUCACGGGGACCUUGCUCGGGUGUAUCCUGUUUGUACCCGGCAUCUGUAUGAUCAUUGGGGGCAUUAAACACAGGGAGCAACGAUUCAACAGUCGGUCGGCUGGAGUGAGCUCAGCUUUGCUCUUCAUAUCCGUCGGAGGUGUAUUCGCUCCCACCAUCUUCUCAAAGGCCUUCGGUAGUCUGGUGUGUGAAAGCUGCACCAACGCCAAUGGCAGCGCGCCCUUCGUCUGCAGAGACUGUCACUACGACACGAGUCAAGCUAUCCCACAAUUGACCCCGUCCCACAUCCAGCCCCUGGUGUACACCAUCUCUGUGCUGCUGCCUGCCGCAUACCUGAUCGGCCUCAUCUUCACACUGAAAACCCACUCCCACAUCUAUGACAUCCAUAUCAGCGAUGGUCAAGGGGGCCACGCGCACAGUCAUCACGUCGUCCACUGGUCCCGCUGGAGGGCUCUCGGUGUGCUGAUCGCUGCCACCAUAUUGAUGGCCUGCUGCGCUGACCUCACCACGCGGAACAUAGAGCCCAUCCUGACGCAUUCCUACAUCUCCCAGUACUUCAUUGGUGUCACAGUGUUGGCCAUGGUGCCAGAGCUGCCUGAGAUUGUCAAUGGGAUCCAAUUUGCCCUGCAGAACAACAUCAGCCUGAGCCUUGAAGUGGGCAGUUGCAUUGCUGUACAGGUCUGCAUGAUUCAGAUCCCACUGCUCGUCCUCUUCAACGCCUUCUAUGAUGUUGGGUUUGUGCUCGUGUUCAGUGACAUUCAUCUCUGGGCCAGCAUCUUCAGUGUCAUUCUGGUCAAUUACAUCUUCAUGGAUGGGAAAUGUGACUACUUUCAGGGCACUGCUCUCGUGGUGGUCUACCUCAUCCUUCUGGCCCUUUACUUCUUUGCUCCUUCUCCACGCUCUUGUUGAUCUGCUUGCCAAGAACCAUCCUGAAGCCACUCCAAAGACGCGCUGACUUCAUCUUCAGGCGCGCGUGGAGUCGGUGGCAUAAAA